AUGAGAACUGUAGCCCGGGUAGCCGCUGCUCAUGCCACAAAACAUGAACAUGCUGCCUGGGACAGCAGCUCUGUGCCAAGAAGAUUGGCAACCUUGAUACGACACUUCCGGCGUCAUCUCAACGAGAAGGAUGUGCAAGAGGACUGCAUCCUCGCGCUGCAAAGCCUGCUCAAAGUUCCUGCUGUAGCUUUGAUGCUGCCCCCGUGUGGCGAUGCUUGGAAGAGGGCGCUGAAUGAAAUCGAACAAGCAGGUGCCAAGACUGCCAUCGUGGCCGAGACAAGUUUUUGGAACAGCCCCAGGAUGCUCUACAUCUUGAAAGCGGAGCAGGUCACAACACAAAGCCCAGUGGAACAGCUGCAAAGCCUGCUGGAGGUCGCUGCUGCAGCGACGCUACAUUUGAAGCCUGCUGAAGGUCCAUGGCUUUGGGCUCUGCAUGAGCCUGACGUUUCAGCCGCUCUCUUAAUCUGCGAGGCACUGGAUGACACAGAGACUUGCUUCUGGCGUGCACUUCGCAGUCUGCGCAUCCUGUCGCCCGUGUGCUUGCUGGAGCAACUGCGACAUGUCAGAGACCAGUACGCCCCAUGCACUACUUAUAUUCUGGCUUGGAUGAGCCUCUAUGCACAGGGCAUGUGGCCUUUGCUUGCCUUCUGUGUACCUUUUGCGUUCAUGUUCAACGAGAAGCCGGAGCUGCUGGGCGCGUCGAGUUGGGAGUUCUACACGCUCCAGGCCGACUGUCAGGUCGUUGUGAUCUUGUGGGCCAUAGUGAUGAUCGGCCAGAUGCGAAGUCGCGCUCGAUUCCUCGAUUCCUACAUGGCCGAAAAGGGCAAAGGCCCCAUACUGGACGGGGAUGAGAUCUCACCUAUGCGACUUUGUUGGAAAGUGUAUCUACCGUCAAUCAUGGUCGUGUUAGCAACUUCGUUGCACGGCCGAGCUGCAAAGCCAUUGAUACAGGGCGUCUUGGCCACCCAGCCGGGUGGGUCGAGAUCCGAGGCUCGUGCGCUGACUGAGGUUCCCGCGCCUGGGAGAGUUCAGGCCUUCGUUCCUGGACAGCAAGCGAUGGGAAGUCAGGCUUCAGUGGCGGCUGCUAUGGCUUUGCAAGAUGGGAGUGUGCAUGCUGUGAGGGCUGAUAUGGAGGUGCAGCAGGGCUCCUCUUCGUUGACUGUUGUGCGCUGGAUUUCAAGGUUGAACGAUUUCUUGGCGACACAGAGUCAGUCGGCUAUGUUGGAAGGGGUCCUCGAGGAGAACCUCAGGAGGAACGAAGUUUCUGGGAGCCACGCCAACGGAGGCCAGAAGGGCAAGAUGGUCCUCGGCAUCAUGGAGAUCCUCAGAGUGGUUUCCAACGGAGGCCAGAAGGGCAAGAUGGUCCUCGGCAUCAUGGAGAUCCUCAGAGUGGUUUCCAACGGAGGCCAGAAGGGCAAGAUGGUCGUCGGCAUCAUGGAGAUCCUCAGAGUGGUUUCCAGCAACCAGAAGGGCAAGAUGGUCGUCGGCAUCAUGGAGAUCCUCAGAGUGGUUUCCAGCAACCAGAAGGGCAAGAUGGUCGUCGGCAUCAUGGAGAUCCUCAGAGUGGUUUCCAGCAACCAGAAGGGCAAGAUGGUCGUCGGCAUCAUGGAGAUCCUCAGAGUGGUUUCCAGCAACCAGAAGGGCAAGAUGGUCGUCGGCAUCAUGGAGAUCCUCAGAGUGGUUUCCAGUCUAGUGUUCCUACAGGGCAUGCGUGUGGUCAGUCCGGUGGUGGCGCUCAGGGAGAUGGCGGUCGUGUGCGGAAGGAUAUCUCAGGCGAUGUCUAUGAUGGUCCACCAGGUCUGCUUGGCGUUGGAGGCGGCGAAGGUCGGAAUGUGA